AUGACAUACUUCUAUGGAAGCUUAUUUCCCCCAAGGAAUCAAAAAGUGACUGUCCAGUGUAUUAGAGAUGGGCAGUUUGUGGUAGUGGUGGCUAGAGACGUUACUCUACCUCGACUGAGUCUGGAUUCGGUUCGUCUACUGGGUGGAAACAACCCACCUUGCGCUCCUGUGGAGUCCACACCUUACUUUGCUAUAUACCAGUUCCCUGUGACCGCAUGUGGCACGAGCAUGAUGGAGGACAGUGGAUAUGUGGUGUAUGAGAACAGAAUGACCUCCUCGUAUGAAGUGGGGAUUGGACCGUUUGGUUCCAUCACAAGGGACAGUCAUUUUGAGCUUCUCUUCCAGUGUAGGUACUCUGGAACUUCUGUGGAAGCAUGCCCUUACCAGGAUGACUGUUAUCUGACCACACUGGUUCCAGUGACCGGAUCAUCUGGUCUUCAGUUCCCAACCCACUACAAGCGCUUUGUUGUGAAGAUGUUCACAUUUGUAGAUCCAGCCUCACUGGCUCCUCUGCAGGAAACUGUCUUCAUCCACUGCAGUACAGAGGUGUGCCAUCCAUCUUCUGGCUUUUGUGAGCAAAGCUGCACCAGGAAACGGAGAGACACUCAUAUCAAGGAUGUCUCUAGUGAGCAGACUGUGGUUUCUAGUGGAGAGGUUACUCUGGUCAUGUAAAUCUAGUGUUUUUAAUAAACUGUGAAACACCAA